AUAAUUAAAAAAAGUGGAAAAUGGCGUUACCAAUAUUAAUCCCAGCAUACCGAAGGAAUAUUUCUAAAAUAUUGCUAACAUAUACAGCAAAAAGGUGCAACAAGAGGCAAUCACAAACUUCAGGGAAACGGUCUUCACCAGUGUAUAAAUCGGAAAAGGCAAAAACCAAAAUAAGGUUUUAUCUUUUGGAUCAGUAUUCAUAUUAUUUAGACAAAUAUGAAAAAAUUUUGGAAAAACAACUGCCAGGGGCAAUGAAAAUAUAUAGGAUAUUUAUGGAAGGAAUUAAACAUUUUUUCCGAGAUUUUAAAGAAUUUAUAAAGAUAUACAGAGAAGUGAACUUUAGUACAAGAGACAUUAGAACUUUGGAAUUAAACCAAUUAGAAUUAUAUGAUCAAAUGCCAAGAGACAUGCUUAAAAUAGCACCUGUCCUUCUUAUAUCUGCUCUUCCACUUGCAAACUAUGUUAUAUUUCCAUUAGCCUUUUAUUUUCCAAGGCAACUUCUUACUCAUCAUUUUUGGGAUUUAAAACAGAAAUCUGAAUUUAGAAUAUACUUUCUUCGAAAACGACUGUUGCACAAUCGACCGAUUUUUAGACAUUUACAAACCCAGCUGCCAAAUUUAAGGUCACAUGACCUACACAAACAGUGGUCCCAUGUAUUAGGUCAAAUAGGAAGUGGUGUUCAUCCUACUGCUUGUGAAAUAUUAGAAUGUAAGGAUCUAUUUGAAGGAGAACCUUACCACAUAUAUUACAUCAGUGGGAACCAUGUGAGACAUUUGAUAAAACUGCAUGAUUUACAUGCUGGGUUUUUAAAACGGUCUCGAUUAGUAGAACAAGCAGCACUAAUACAAGCAAUGGAUAAAGCAAUCAUGAAACAGGGGGGUGUAGAUGAACUGGGAAUGGAGAGCUUAAGAACUGCUUGCUUUACUAGAGGUAUUUUUAUGUUUAUUUUUUUAUUUUGUAAUGCAUUCAAAUCAAGUCUUUUAUAUCGAAAAAUUUAAU